AUGAAGCAAGCUAUCUUUGCAAGCAACAGGCCGUUCAUUCAUUCACUCGGCACGAUGGGCGCAGACAAGCCUAACGGUGUGGUCAACUACUGCCGUCGACCCCCACAGAGACCCUUCCUGCAAAGAAUACAAUAUGCGAUAUGGGAUCCGGAAGAAAGAAAAUUCUUGGGGCGAACUCCGAAACGAUGGGGCGUCAUCGGGCUGAUAUACCUAGUUAUGUACAUCUGCAUCAUCAUCUUCUUCUCAAUAUGUAUGUGCGGGUUGCUCUCCGCCAUGGAUGAGAGGAUACCAUACUUCACGCUCGCCGAAUCUAUAAUUGGAGACAACCCAGGCAUGGGUCACAGGCCUCUCAUAUAUGAAGAAGGAGCGCUAAUAUGGUACGACGCAGACAACAAUACACAAAUCAAGAAAUAUGUUGACAAUAUCAAUGAAUUUUUAGCUCCUUAUGAGAACAAAUCACUACUUAUAAACCAAGGAGAGAAUCAACGCGAAUGUGGUAACACCAAGCCGCCUCGUAACGAAGUCUGUUCUUUUGACGUGAAUCUGCUGGGGCCUUGUUCUAAGGAGAACGAUUUUGGCUUUAAAAAUAGGACCCCAUGUAUUAUUAUUAAAUUAAAUAAGUUAUUUGAUUGGAAUCCGGACUUUUUCGACGAUCCUGGGGACCUCCCUCACGAUAUGCCACCUGAUAUAUUACAGUAUAUUAAUUCAACUACUACCUUACAACAACGUCGCAAAGUUUGGGUGUCUUGUAAAGGGGAGAGGCCAGCUGAUGCCGAGGCUUUAGGUCCACUGAUGUACUUUCCGUAUCCUGGACUUCCUGAGACUUACUUCCCAUACGAUAACACUCCAGGCUACCUCAGCCCUCUAGUUGCUGUGCAAUUAACUAAUCCUAAGUUGCAUCAGAUCAUCAACAUUCGUUGCAGAGCGUGGGCCCGCAAUAUAAGAUUUACGGAAAGUCUUAAGGAACGUCUUGGUUCUACACACUUUGAGAUUAUGAUUGAC